AUGGCCAACAACAGAGUCACCUACCGUCGCCGGAACCCCUACAACACCUCGUCCAACCGGACGCGGGUUGUCAAGACUCCCGGUGGUGAGCUCCGUGUUCUUCACAUCAAGAAGCGCGGCACUGCCCCCAAGUGUGGCGACUGCGGCAUCAAACUCCCUGGUAUCCCCGCCCUCCGCCCCAAGGAGUAUGCCCAGAUCUCUAAGCCCAAGAAGACCGUCCAGCGCGCGUACGGUGGCUCAAGAUGCGGCAACUGUGUCCGUGACCGUAUCGUCCGUGCUUUCCUCAUUGAGGAGCAGAAGAUCGUCAAGAAGGUGCUGAAGGAGCAGACCGCCGCCGACAAGAAGAAAUAA